ACGUAAAACAGUAAAAGAAAUUAAAAAGAAAAACCCUAGAAAAAACCCAUGUCUAUCGAACUCAUUUCUUUUAGCAGAAGAAAAUGGCGGUAGAGAGCUACGUGGUGAUUCACAACAUAGCAAAGAGGCAUAACGUUGGAACGCUAGCUAGAAGCGCUACCGCCUUCGGUGUCAGCGAAUUAAUCUUAGUGGGCCGCCGUGACUUUAACGCCUUCGGCAGCCACGGCUCCACUUCCCAUCUCCGUUUCCGCCACUUCCAUUCCCUCGCCGACGCGCGCAGUUACCUCAAAGAAAAAGAUUGUGAUAUUUGUGGGGUUGAGAUCACAGACGGUGCUGUUUCAAUAACUGAUCAUCCUUUCAAGAAAAGCACUGCUUUUCUUCUUGGCAAUGAGGGAACAGGGCUUUCAGCUAAGGAAUGUGAGAUAUGUGAUUUCUUUGUUUACAUUCCUCAAUAUGGAGGUGGCACUGCCUCUUUGAAUGUCACUGUUGCUGCUUCUAUUGUAUUGCAUCAUUUUGGAGUUUGGGCAGGUUUUUCCGAGAGGAGCCGCGAUGGAAACAAGUUUGUUGUGGCCGAGAGACCUUUAAAACAGGUUAGCCGAAAAUACUGCUCAGAAACAGAAGAACAAAUCAUCGAGGACCGAAAAUUGAGAAGGGAAAGUGCUUCCAAUGGAUUCUUUGAGGAUGGAAAAAACUGUGUAUCUUCUUCCAACCUCUUGGACUCAUUGUUUCCUGACGAAUGAUUGAGGGAAUCAAAGAUUGACCCAUACAACCUUAAAAAGUAAAUUGGUUCAAUGGUCCAACUAAUUGAAAAACUAAUGUAAACAUGUGGCAAACAGCUUCUACAUAACCAGGGACCCCUUCUCAGAGUGACAAAUUGAGCUUUUUAUUAGUAGUUUUUUUUUUUUGCUAUGAUUUGCAUCUUCUGUAAUUGCAAUGGUCAUUUUCACAUUAUUGUUUUGUAUUUUAUAAUAAUUGUCUCUUUUUUGCUUCGGAUA